UUUUUUUCUUUUGUGGUUGGUUUUUACUAACAUUGUUUCAAAGUUCUAGCCAUGUAGGAUGUGUAAAAUUUCUUUGUGUGUGUGUGUGUGUGUGUGUGUGUGUGUGUGUGUGUGUCAUGGUCAUGAGGAGGUCAGAGAACAACUCGUGUGAGUCGGUUCCCUCCUUCCACCAUGUGGAGUCUGGGGAUUGAACUCAGUUUAUCAGGCUUGGCAGCGAGCACCAAGCAAGCUCCCUUUAUCCGCCGGCCUGCACUUCACUCCUUUAUUUUCUUUAAGGUUGCCCAGCAGUGCUGCACUUUGUGUAUCCCCUCAUCUAUCCGUGGAUACUUGUGUUAUUUCCACUUUGUAGUUGUCUUAAAUGACACGACUGCAAACAUGGGUGUACAACUAUUUCUUUCAGACCUUGCUUUUAUUUUGGAUGUACACACAGUUGGCAGUUAAGUUUUUAUUUUAAAAAAUCAUCUGGUACAUGUACUUAAAGGUUAUUUGUUUUGUUUUUAUUUUUCUUGACUUUUUUUUUUUUUUUUUUUUUUUUUGUAGUUGAGGCUGGCCUCAAACUCACUACCUAGUUAAACUUGACUUUGUCCUUCCUACCCCUCCUGCCCCCACCCUGAGAGCUAGGAUUGCAGCUGCAUACCUUGUGUGGUUUAUGAGGUGAAGGCUGAGCCCACAGCUUCAUGAAUGCUAAGCAAGCUCUACCAGCUGAGCUAUGCACCCAGCCCCUAGUUUUAGGUUUUAAAAAUUAAUUUGAUUUUAUGAGCAUCGGUGUGAGCAAGUCAUAUCUCCUGGAACUGGAGUUACAGACAGUUAGGGGCUGCUGUGUAGGUGCUGGGAAUUGAACCCAGGUCCUCUGGAAGAGCAGCCAGUGCUCCCAACCACUGAUCCAUCUCUUCAGCCCUAAAACAUUUUAUGAAAUUUAUUCACUUUAUCUUAUGUGUGUUUUGCCUGCAUGUAUGUCUGUGAAUUCUAUGUGUGCUUGGUGACCAUGGAGAUCAGAAGAGGGCAUUAGAGUUCAUGAAAUUAGAAUUACAGAUAGUUGUGAAGUACCAUGCGGUUGCUGAGAUUUUUUUUUAUUUUUUAUUUUAUUUUAUUAGAUAUUUUCUUUAUUUACAUUUCAAAUGCUAUCUCGAAAGUUCUCUAUACCCUCCCCCACCCUGCUCCCCUACCCACCCACUCCCACUUCUUGGCCCUGCCGUUCCCCUGUACUGGGGCAUAUAAAGUUUGAAAGACCUAGGGUCCUCUCUUCCCAAUGAUGGCUGACUAGGCCAUCUUCUGCUACAUAUGAGGCUGGAGACAUUAGCUCUGGGGGUAUUGGUUAGUUCAUAUUGUUUGUUGUUCCACCUAUAGGGUUGCAGACCCCUUUGGUUGCUGGGAAUUGAACCCUGAUCUUUUGCAAGAGCAACAAGUGCCUUUAACCUCUGAGCCAUCUUUCCAUCUCUCUAGGCCCCUAGACAACAUUUCAGCCUCACAGGAAAAUGUAAAUGGUUUUGAGAAAUUAAUUCAACUGAAGUGUAAAUUGAGUUUUGCCGAAUUGACAAGCCCCUGUGCCACAGUGAGGAUGAGAAGCUCAGCUUUGAGGCCGUCCGAAACAUCCAUAAGCUGAUGGAUGACGAUGCCAAUGGUGAUGUGGAUGUGGAAGAAAGUGAUGAGUUCCUAAGGGAAGACCUCAAUUACCAUGACCCAACAGUGAAACAUAGCACCUUCCAUGGUGAGGAUAAGCUUAUCAGCGUGGAGGACCUGUGGAAGGCGUGGAAGUCAUCAGAAGUGUACAACUGGACUGUGGAUGAGGUGAUACAGUGGCUCAUUACGUAUGUGGAGCUGCCACAGUAUGAGGAAACCUUCCGGAAGUUGCAGCUUACUGGCCACGCCAUGCCAAGGCUAGCAGUAACCAACACCACCAUGACAGGGACUGUACUGAAGAUGACAGAUCGGAGCCACAGGCAGAAGCUGCAGCUGAAGGCCCUGGACACAGUGCUGUUUGGGCCUCCUCUCUUGACUCGGCAUAAUCACCUGAAGGACUUCAUGCUGGUGGUGUCUAUCGUUAUUGGUGUGGGUGGCUGCUGGUUUGCCUAUAUCCAGAACCGUUACUCUAAGGAGCACAUGAAGAAAAUGAUGAAGGAUCUGGAAGGGUUACACCGGGCUGAGCAGAGUCUGCAUGACCUUCAGGAAAGGCUGCACAAGGCCCAGGAGGAGCACCGAACUGUGGAAGUAGAGAAGGUCCACCUGGAGAAGAAGCUGCGAGAUGAGAUCAACCUUGCCAAGCAGGAAGCUCAGCGGCUGAAGGAGCUGAGGGAGGGUACUGAGAAUGAGAGGAGCCGUCAAAAAUAUGCUGAGGAAGAGCUGGAGCAGGUUCGGGAGGCCUUGAGGAAAGCAGAGAAGGAGCUGGAAUCACACAGCUCAUGGUAUGCUCCUGAGGCCCUGCAGAAGUGGCUGCAGCUGACCCAUGAGGUGGAGGUGCAGUACUACAACAUCAAGAAGCAAAAUGCAGAGAGGCAGCUGCUGGUGGCCAAGGAGGGGGCUGAGAAAAUAAAAAAGAAGAGAAACACGCUUUUUGGUACCUUCCAUGUGGCCCACAGCUCUUCCCUGGAUGAUGUGGAUCAUAAAAUCCUAACUGCUAAGCAAGCUCUGAGUGAGGUGACAGCGGCACUGAGGGAGCGCCUGCACCGGUGGCAGCAGAUCGAGAUCCUCUGCGGUUUCCAGAUUGUCAAUAACCCCGGCAUCCACUCCUUGGUGGCUGCUCUCAACAUCGACCCCAGCUGGAUGGGCAGCACCCGCCCUAACCCCGCCCACUUCAUCAUGACUGACGAUGUGGAUGACAUGGAUGAGGAGAUUGUGUCGCCCUUGUCCAUGCAGUCCCCCAGCCUGCAGAGCAGUGUCCGGCAGCGCCUGACGGAGCCACAGCUUGGCCUGGGAUCUCAGAGGUUGGUAGAGGGCGAGGCUGGCCACUUCUUGACAAGCCGGGUAUCUCUGCGGCGAAUGCGUAGCCUUUCAUCUGGACAGUCUUUCAGUUCUGAAGGCCACGGGACCAGCCCUCCAUCUGCCUCUGCUUCUUCUUCCUGCUCCUCUUCCACUACCACCAUCGCUACCACCACAACCUCCACUUCCACCACCACCAUCAACACCGUCCAUGUUCACCCUGUUUAUUACCACCACAGCACUUCCUAUUUCCUUCAGAUGGAUCCCUACCCUGACCCAACCCCUUCUGACAACAUCGCUGUGAUGUCUGGGCAUUCAGAGAGCUUGGGGGAUUUGACCCAUUCCGAUUCGGAGUCCUCCCUCCACAUGAGUGACCGCCAGCGUGUGGCCCCCAAGCCUCCUCAGAUGGGCCGUGCUGCAGAUGAAGCUCUCAAUGCCAUGCCUUCCAAUGGCAGCCAUCGGCUGAUUGAGGGGGUCCAUCCAGGAUCUCUGGUGGAGAAACUGCCUGACAGCCCUGCUCUGGCCAAGAAGACAUUUAUGGCGUUGAACCAUGGCCUAGACAAGGCCCACAGCCUGAUGGAGCUGAACCCCUCAGUCCCACCUGGUGGCUCCCCACUUUUGGAUUCUUCCCAUUCUCUUAGCCCCAGUUCCCCAGACCCAGACACGCCAUCUCCAGUUGGGGACAACCGAGCUCUGCAGGGUAGCCGAAACACACGAAUUCCCCACUUGGCUGGCAAGAAGGCAAUGGCUGAGGAGGAUAAUGGUUCCAUUGGUGAGGAGACAGACUCCAGUCCAGGCAGGAAGAAGUUUCCUCUCAAAAUUUUUAAGAAGCCUCUUAAGAAGUAGGCAGACUAGGGUGGUAGUGUUGAGACAGCCUGUCCUUCCCUGGGUCUUCUGCCUUCACCUCCCUUCCUUUCUUUGCAAUAUCUGGCUCCUAGAGUGGGGCACAGAGGGGCUGGCCCAAGGGCCUGGGCACUGUACAUAUCUGCCCUGCUCAUCCUUGGUCCUUCAUCAUUAUUUAUUAACUGACCACCAUGGCCUGCCUGUCGGGAAACCCUUCCACCCAUGGGCUGCUGCUGUCACAUCUUCUCCACUUCAGUGCAUGUCUUAGUUGCUCUUCCCUCAGUUCCCACUCCACUUUUGGGGUCCAGCUUCUGUCUCUGCUGUCCCAGUUUUGAGGUUUGGUUUUUGUUUCUGUCUCCUGCUUUCAGGCUCCUCUCUCCCAUUACUCCCCAACGAUCCUAGCAGUUGUGGGGAAGAUAGGAGGAGUAACUUCUGACACCUGUACCUCAGAUCUGUUCAUCCUACUCACAGCCAUUCUGCCUACCCCAGACUGGGCCACGGUCCUGAUCUCUGGGGUUUGUUCUAUGGAAGUGUGGUAGACUGGAGGGAACCUCAUCCUGGAGCUCCUUUGGAUCUCCAGGGCUCCAUUCAGGGAGUGGAACCAACUCCCAGGGAACAAGUCACCAGAGUUUUAAAGAGAGACCAGGCUUGUGAUUGAUGGGAGAGACUUCUCCCAGUUGGAGGAUGAGUAGAUGCCAAAGCUGUGGGCUGUAAGGCAGUUGCCAUUUCUCUCUUGCCCUGCCCACACCUGCCUUCCUCUUACCUCUGCUCCCCUAUAUUGCAGGAGUGUAUCUCUUAAGAGGUGCUGCCCUGAAGCUCCCCAUCAGCAUCAGCACUACUGGGGCUCAGGGCAACUGGCUCCCCUGGCUAUGGGAGCCACAGUCAUGACACAGGGCUCUUGUGGAGCCCUGGGCAAGGAUGUUAUAUUUGAACCAAAAGACAAACAGUUUUAAAAUAAAAAAAUAAAAAAUAAAAUAAAUAAAUCUCCUGAAUUUCCCAAGUGCCUGCACAGCAUCCUCCCUUUGUCAGAUUCCAUUUUUGUGUUACUGCAUAGCCUGGGCCACAGGCUUAAAACAGACACAAUUGGUUUGGGGCAGGGGUGGAGAAGGAAGAUGGUAUAUGUAUGUGAAGGCUGCUGUGUGACCACUUCUCCCCCCACACCUCCCAUCUUCCAGACAACUCUCUCCUUUACCUGUUUUUGCUAUGGCUGUAAAGGUAUUUUUCCCUCUGCCCCAUUCUGUCAUGCCUGUACCCUGAGUUCCUAAUUUGGGCCUGGGUUGGGUGCAGCUGGGGCUGGUCUUAGGCGGGUGCUAGGCUGUAGACUGCCUUGAUGCCCCCUGGACACCCUCACAUGGGUUUUUCUGUGUUAUUUUCAUAAGAUUCUUUGAAGUCCAAUAAAGCAUGUAGGAGAUUUUAACCUC